GCGGGAAGGAGAGGGAAGAGGCGGCGACGAGGAUACAGGCAGCGUUCCGCGGGCACCACGCCAGGAAAAGUAUGAAAGAGACUGAUUCCUCUGCGAAGCAGACGGGGACCAAAUCCGGCGCGCAGCCGACCAAGGAACAGCUGCAGGAGCAGUUCCGCGCCGACGACAAGGAGCUCUGCGAGGCGGCGUCGAAAAUCCAGGCCUCCUUCCGCAGCCACAUGUCGGCGGCGAAGGAGCAGGCUGCGUCCCUCGUGAAGUCUACGGCGGAGAACGUCGUUGACAGCGCUGUCUCCAAAAUGGAGGACAAGGCCACGAUCGAUAAGCGUUAUCGCCGUCCGCAAAUGAAGCCAGACACCGGUCCGAUCUUGUCGCCGUGAUACAACAGAUUAAAUCACGUCGUUUGUAUCCGCGGCCGGUCACGAGACG